UGGGGGUAAGCGGGAGUGGCCGGGAGCGCGUCGCCGGCCGCGGCUUCGAGGCCUCCGCGUCCGCCAGGCGGAGCUGCGGGCGCCCGACUCGCCGCGGCCUCGCAACCAGCCCCACUUCGACGACCUGUUCGGCGUCUCGUUCCGGGACCCAACCCUGCUCCUUGUCAUCACUGUCCUUGGAGUCACAGUGCUCCUGCUGGCCCUGAGGAACAUGAACUCAAGGAAGAGAUGUAUCACCCUACAGGACUCUGAAACCAAGUACCCACUGCCUUUGAUUGAGAAAGAGCAAAUCAGCCACAACACCCGGAGGUUCCGCUUUGGACUGCCCUCACCGGACCAUGUCUUGGGGCUUCCUGUAGGUAACUAUAUCCAUCUCUUGGCCAGAAUUGAUGGUGCUCUGGUGGUCAGGGCUUACACGCCUGUGUCCAGUGAUGAUGACCAAGGCUUUGUGGACUUGAUUAUAAAGAUCUACUUCAAAAAUGUACACCCCAAUUAUCCAGAAGGGGGGAAGAUGACUCAGUACUUGGAGAACAUGAAAAUUGGGGACACCGUCCUUUUUCGAGGGCCCACCGGUCGCCUGUUCUAUCAUGAGCCAGGAACGUUUUCAAUCAAACCAUACAAAACAAGUGAGCCUGAAGAAAAGGUAGUCAGUCACCUGGGAAUGAUUGCUGGGGGCACAGGGAUUACGCCCAUGCUGCAGCUCAUUCGCCACAUCACCAAGAACCCCGACGACAGGACCAGGAUGUCCCUCAUCUUUGCCAACCAGACAGAGGAGGAUAUCUUGGUGAGAAAAGAGCUUGAAGAAGUUGCCAGAACUCACCCGGAACAGUUCAGCCUGUGGUACACCCUGGACAGGCCUCCUGUUGGCUGGAAGUACAGCUCAGGCUACAUCACUGCCAACAUGAUCAAGGAGCACCUCCCUCCUCCCGGGCAGUCCAUGUUCAUCCUGGUGUGUGGACCCCUGCCCCUGAUCCAGACAGCCGCUCACCCUAAUCUGGAGAAACUGGGUUAUACCAAGGACAUGAUUUUCACUUACUAAUACCUCCCUUGCUCUUAGCAAAUCUGCCUGGUCCCUUUCCUCUGUUUCAGAGUGAGCUCUGCCUCAGCACAUUAAAGUGGCGUGUGUUCACAAAUGCCUGUAAUGCA